AUGUGCAGCCUGGCGAACGCACGCGCCAGUUUUGUGAAGGGUGCGCCGACUGAGGUGGAGAAUGAGAUUCCACCUUGGGAGGUCAUCGUGCGGCGAUCAUUGGACGUGCUUAACCGGGCGUCUGCCACAGGUCGAAGCAAGCCAUUCCGAAAUCUGAUCACCGACAGGGAUGGCACGACCAACAACUACUGCGAUCGGUAUGCCUCAAGUGUGCAGUCUGCAUACAAUGCUGCCUGGCUCUCCCACUUUGCUCGACACUGCGUCGACAAUGCCGUCUUUAUCACGGCGGCGCCGCUUGGUGGCAGGCCGAGUGCUGAAGGCCUGAUGGAGCUCUGUGUCGCACCGAGAGGCUACUUUGUCUACACUGGCUCUAAGGGCCGUGAGUACUACAGUGAUGCUACUCAGCAGCUUCUCGAAGCCGAAGAGUUGCCGAAAGAGCAACGGGAGUUGGUUGAGGAGCUCCACCGGCGAAUUCUAGCGUUGUGCCAGCAGCCAGGGAACACGAAGUUUCUCGGCAUUGGCUCCGGCCUUCAGCGGAAGUUUGGUGAGGUCACCAUGGCCAGAAACGAUCCAGCUGGAACAGUACCGGAGCCUGAAAGCCGACGGUUCAUGGCAGCUGUGCGACGCGUGAAAGAAGAACUGGAUCCGGACGGAACAGGCCUCGACUUGCACGACACCGGCACGGACAUGGAGAUCUUCCCGCGGGUCAUGGGUGGCAGACCGUCCUUCGACAAAGGUGAUGGAGUGCAACGGCUGGACCAGAAGCUGGGUCUUCACAUGGUGGAGGGUCCAAACAUCGUCUGCGGCGACACCGGCAGUGAUUUGCCCAUGGUUCUUGCAGCUCUGCGGCUCAUGUGUGGAGACAAGAUGGUUGAGAGGUGGCAGGAGCGAUUGCGGCAGGAGGAGACGGAGCAGACCGGCGAGCAGGAGGAGGAGCCAGAUGAUGGAGAGAUGGAUGAAGCUGCCAAGGAAGAAGCGGAACGGAAGGCGCGUGAAGAAGAGGAGGAGGAGCGGGAGGCGCGUGUUUCCGCUGGAAAAUUGGCUGUGUUGUUCGUGGCGUCCCCGGAGUCGUACUCCAAGAGCCCAAAGGUGGCUGACCAGGUCCGCAAAUGGUGUGACCUAUCCGGGGCGCAUUGUGCCCUUCUGCCAUCACCGGAUGUUUUGGUGUACACUCUUGCCAAGUUUGCUGAGGAGAGGUCCGGCUCGUCGGUCACAACAUGUCACCACGGUGAACCUGUGGGCGACCCGGAUCUUGAAAGGGACUGGACACUGACCUCGCUCCCCCAUCGUGAUUCGGUGACCUCGCUUCCUGAACUGCCCGAGCCCAGUGGAGGCUCGCCCAGCCUGAUUCCCAGCAAGGCGUGGGCCCCAUAA